AAAACGGGGAGUGAAGAUGCAAGGUCGGGGGAAGAAGGCAGUAUCAAACCAAACUACGACUCUGGGAUGAGGCAAGAGCACACCGCUCCUCAUGGACUGCGGGAAACUUGGGUACUGUAGUGAGAACUGAAAUCGCGGAAUCUUGGUGGACACUGCCCCAGAUCCACAACAGUCGGAGCCACCGUGGCAAACCAAUGCCUGCUACGACAGCCAGCACUGGGUUCAAACGGCGAAAAAGCUGAACUUCAGCCUGGCUGCCGCACAAGCACCUGGGACACUGAGUUUGUCUCUCGCAGAGAUAACUGGCGACGGAGGCGGCAGAACUACGUCUCCCUGGACGCCAUCCUCACACUCACGCACACCCCCCCUCACCGCAAAGCUUGCCGGGAAACCGAGUCUUCCUGAUUCUGUAGACGAGGGCUCCAAGGACCCACCAAACUACGUUUCCCAGGAUGAAUUGCGGCAAGGCAACCCUAGCCCGCUGCUAGGCCCGGUGGUUCCUGGGAAAUGAGUCCAAGCUCUCUUGAAACAAAAUCACCCAAUUAUCGUUGAGACUCCAUUCCCCAGCAAUCUUAUCGUGUAGCAUGCGUUAUGGAGCCGCAUGUCGCAGAGCUGCAGCAGAAGAUUAAAGACACGUUGUGUCCAUUUGGCUUCGAGGUUUAUCCUUUCCAGGUGGCAUGGUACAAUGAACUGCUGCCUGCAGCCUUCCACCUGCCUCUGCCAGGACCUACUCUGGCAUUCUUAGUACUCAGCACACCUGCCAUGUUUGAGCAGGCCUUCAAGCCCUUUGUACGGAGCUGCCAUCUCCAGCCACUGAAAGACCCUGUGGACCAGUGCGUGGCCUACCACCUGGGCCGUGUCAGAGAGAGCCUUCCAGAGCUACAGAUAGAAGUCAUCACUGACUAUGAGGUAUAUCCUAACCGGCGCCCCAAGAUUCUGGCCCAGACAGCAGCCCAUGUGGCGGGGGCUGCUUACUACUACCAACGACAAGAUGUGGAGGAUGAUCCCUGGGGAAACCAGCACAUAUCAGGUGUAUGCAUACACCCGCAGUUUGGUGGCUGGUUUGCCAUUCGAGGGGUGGUCCUGCUACCAGGGAUAGAGGUGCCAGAUCUGCCACCCAGACAACCUCCUGACUGUGUGCCUGCAAGAGCUGAUCGCAUCGCCCUGCUUGAAAGUUUCAAUUUCCGUUGGCGAGACUGGACUUACCGAGAUGCUGUGACCCCACAGGAGCGAUACUCAGAGGAGCAGAAGGCCUACUUUUCCACCCCACCUGCCCAACGUUUAGCCCUACUGGGCUUGGCUCAGCCCUCCGAGGAACCCAGCCCUGUGCCCGCUGGGCUUCCCUUUACUGCACUCACCUCCAAGAAGCCUCACAAUGUCAGCAAGGCUCGGAGCUGGCUCAGCCCCCGAGUCUCACCACCACAAUCACCUGGCCCUUGACACCUUGCUAUCCUGCAAGAUCCCAAUUUUCAGUGGUACUUGCCAGGACCUAACUGGCCUUGGCAAAAACUUUAUUCUGGGUACAAGAGAAGUACUUCUCUGAACACGAGUCUUUAAUGAAGUUAACAAGACACAGGAAGCAUCAUGGUAUAGCCACUGCCAUCUUUGUGGGUACCAGUGUCAUGGCCACAUCACAUCUGAUCCAGUUCCUCGCCAAUAUGCUUGGAAAAGCCGCCUGCCACCCACAUGGGAGACCCAGUUGAAACUCCAAGCUUCAGCCUGGCCCAGCUUUGGCCACCGCGGCCUUUUAGAGAUAAAACCAACGGAUGGAAGAUCUCUGUAACUCUCAAAUAAACCAUGCGAAACCCAUAAGCCCCUGGCUCCUGCCUUUGGAUCAGCUCAGCUCCAGUCUUUGUGGCUAUUUGGGGAGUGAACCAGUGAAUGGAACUUUGUUCUGUUUCCUCUCUGCUAAACCUGUCUUUGAAAUAAAAAUGUCUUUUAAAAAUUUGAUCAAGGGGCCGGCAUGAUGGCUCAACAGACUAAUCCUCCCCAUGAAGUGCCAACAGCUCAUAUGGGCACGGAGUUCAUGUGCCAGCUGCUCUACUUCUGACCCAGCUCCCUCCUCCUGGCCUAGGAAAGCAGCAGGAUGGCCCAAGCCCUUGGACCCCUGAACCCUCAUGAAAGACUGAAAAAAAACUCUGCUUGUGGCAUUUGGGGAGUGAAACAGCAAAUAGAAGAUAAUGUCUAUCCUCCCAUAGAUCUUCCUUUGAAGUACAAAUAGAUUUUAAAAAUUUGAUCAAGGGACCAAUGUGAUAUAG